UGGAUCUCUAGCUCUAUACCUGAGGCCGCAUGGGGUGGUCCGCUUGCUCAGCUCAGCUCCGCCGCGUAUCACGUGAACAAUUUGUUAUCUCCUGUACUCUUUCAGGAAGCGCUUGCACAUAUUCCGGAGAACGCGAUAACGAUCGAGAUUGCGCCGCAUUGUUUACUGCAGGCAAUCUUGCGCAGAUCGUUGCCACCAACUGUGACCAAUAUCGGCCUGCAAAAGCGAAAACAUUCGGACAAUCUCACUUUUCUACUGUCUAACGUGGGCAAACUGUACAUGGCCGGUGCACAACCUGACAUUUCUAAAUUGUAUCCGUCGGCGAGCUUCCCCGUCGGUCGCGGGACACCGAUGAUCGGGUCUCUCGUCAGGUGGGAUCACUCUGCCGCGUGGGAUGUGGCUGAUUUCCAACAAGUAUCAGAACGUUCGGAAGAGUGUAACGUCCAGAUAGAUCUGUCGAAAGAAAUGGACGCGUAUCUAGCAGGGCACCGGAUAGACGGACAAAUUCUUUUUCCAGCCACUGCUUAUUUGCUGCUGGUAUGGAAAACUUUGGCGAAAUUGCGUGGCGUUGACUUCGAACGAUUGCCUGUGGUGUUCGAGAAUGUGCAGUUGCAGCGGGCGACCAUUAUGCCGAAGGAAGGAGCGGUGAAGUUCUCGAUAACCAUCUUCAAGGGAACGGGAGACUUUGAGACCGGUACGAUCACCGUCAGCGGAAAUAUACGUGUCUCCGAGAGUAUCGAGAAAGAUCAGAUGAAGCUGCCGCCGCCGCCGACACCUCCUACCAGUAAGGAGAUUUUACCGUUGAACACCAAUGACAUUUACAAGGAACUAAGGUUGCGCGGAUACGUGUAUCGCGAUGUCUUCCGAGGAAUCAAAUCCUGCGAUAACUACGGCAUCGCCGGCGAGCUUUACUGGUUUAAUCAAUGGGCACCAUACAUAAACAGCAUGCUUCAGUUAACUGUCGUGUCUACCAUCCAUAAGCUAAUGUAUAUACCGUCGCGCCUUGAGUAUGUCGCAAUCGAUCCUGUUCUUCAUAAACGACUGGUGGAAAAAUUACCAGAGAACGGUGCAUUGCCGGUGUAUCACUACAAGAACAUCAAUAUCGUUAAAUCGGGUGGUAUCGAAGUCAGAGGAACGAAAUUUUUGUUGCCGUCUCGGCGACAGCGCACACAAGCUGAUCCUAAAUACGAGCAGUACACUUUCGUGCCCAAUGAAUAUUCGCACGGUCUAUUAAAGGACGCAACGAGAGGAAGAGUGCACGCACUCGCCGUACUCUUGCAGAUCAUGUGCGAAAACGUGAAGACAGUGAGAUUAACGUUCGUGGAAAUUGCAGGCCAACGAGCUGCAGAAGCUCUAUUGGCGCCGCUUAUUAUCGAAAGUGUCAAUAACGAACAAGAAUUUAUUAUUAACUUACAAAUCAUUGCAGUCUCUGCUGAUAAUUACACGGCGAGCUUGAGUAAAAUGAACGUGAACGCUGACGUCGUAACGCAAGAUGUGAACGAGACACCUCUCAUUCACGAAGCAUACCUUGUUAUAGCAGCGGACGUUUUGUCCAAUCAAUCUUAUACCGUUCUCAAAAAUUUGGCUGCUGCCUUAAAACCUGGUUGUUUCAUUCUUCUGGAGGAGACCGCUGCGCGACUGGAUUUGGAAACCGCAUUGAAAGAUACUGACUUAACAUUAGCUAGCAGACAAAUCGAUCCUGUAGGAAAGACUUACUUGUUGUUGAAGAAACGGCAGAAAGGGAGAAAAUCGACAGUAAUUCAUAUCACAGAGAAAAAUCUAUCGUGGCUGGAAGGUGUGAAAGCAGCAUUGAAGGAAUCUGUCAGCAAAGAUCAAGAAGUGCUCCUUGUAUCACAGGGCGAAGAAACGCUUGGCUUGGUCGGGUUCAUGGCUUGUAUACAACGCGAGAUAGGCGACACAUAUGCGCGUUAUGUCUUUAUCCAGGACAAGAACGCUCCCAAGUUCGGCUUAUCCGCGCAGUUUUACUCGGAGCAAUUGAAUAAAGGACUGAUGGCAAACGUCCUGAAAGGAGGGCAAUGGGGCAGUUACCGAUACUUGCCGUUGGAUGAACAAAGCAACGUGUCUUCCCUUCAGGUGGAGCACGCCUAUGUGAAUACAUUGACAAGGGGAGAUCUCAGCAGCUUGAGGUGGAUUGAAAGCCCGCUACGUUACUACCAUCCCAACAAUUUUCCAAAAACGAAACUUUGCAGCGUAUACUACGCUCCGUUGAACUUCAGGGAUAUCAUGUUGGCGAGUGGCAAAUUGCCACCGGACGCUCUGCCAAGGAAUUUGGCCACGGAAGAGUGUAUACUGGGACUUGAGUUUUCCGGAAGAGACACGGACGGCUGUCGCGUAAUGGGCAUUGUCGAAGCUAAGGGAUUGGCUACCACAGUAGUCGCGGAUCUUGAUUUCCUCUGGGAGGUACCGGACAAAUGGACACUGGAACAAGCAGCAACGAUACCUGUCGCUUACGCAACUAGUUACUAUGCUCUGUUUAUACGGGGUCGAUUGAAAGCCGGCGAGAGCGUGUUAAUUCACGCUGGUACAGGCGGCGUCGGUCAAGCAGCGAUCGCCAUUGCGCUGCACGCUGGUUGUACCGUCUUCACCACCGUUGGCACGCUGGAAAAGAGAAAGUAUCUCAAGGAACUCUUCCCGCAGUUGAACGACAGGCACAUCGGUAACUCCCGGGAUACGAGCUUCGAACAACUGAUACGUGACGAGACUGAAGGGCGUGGGGUCGACGUUGUGCUGAAUUCACUAGCAGAGGAGAAACUGCAAGCUGGCAUCCGGUACCUGGCGCUCGGUGGUCGCUUCCUUGAGAUCGGCAAAUACAAUUUGGCCAACGACAGCCGCAUAGGAAUGUCAAUGUUUUUGAAGAACACCUCUUUCCACGGUAUACUGUUGGACGCGUUAUUCGGAGAAGACAACGCGGAAAAGAAGGAAUUGGUCAAUCUCGUUUCGGAGGGAAUAAGAAAUGGCGCGAUACGUCCGCUCCAAUCGACCGUGUUUUCGGAGCAACAGCUCGAGCAGGGAUUCAGAUUCAUGGCGACGGGCAAGCACGUCGGCAAAGUGCUGCUGAAGAUCCGUGAUGAGGAACCAGAGAAGCGUGUAUCGCCAGCGCUAAAGACAGUGUCCGCUAUCCCACGUACUUAUUUCAAUCCGGAAAAAUCGUACGUCCUGGUCGGCGGUCUCGGUGGAUUCGGUUUAGAAUUAGUCAACUGGAUGAUCGCCCGCGGCGCCAAAUUUAUCAUUCUCGUAUCGCGCACAGGUAUUCGCACCGGUUACCAAGCAUUGUGUGUGCGUCGCUGGCGCGAGGGCGGCGCAAAAGUCGUGAUCUCUACGUCGGAUGCUACGACGUUGUUGGGUGCCGAGCACUUAAUCCAGGAAAGCAAUCGUCUAGCUCCAGUAGGCGGUAUAUUCAAUCUGGCGACUGUACUGCACGAUGCCCUGAUCGAAAAUCUGAAGGAAGCCGAUUUUAAAACGGUCACUGUGCCAAAAAUCGAUAUAACAAAGAGUUUAGAUGCAGUGUCAAGAAAACUCUGCCCGGCGCUAGAUUACUUUGUGGUAUUUUCGUCCAAGGUGUCCGGUCUCGGCAAUAUUGGUCAAACCAAUUACAGUUUCGCGAAUUCGACCAUAGAGAGACUGAUGGAGAAGAGGCAGGCAAAUGGUUUACCCGGUGUCGCCAUACAAUGGGGUGCCAUCAACGAUGUUGGCGUACUAAUUGAAACGAUGGGAUACGACACUGUGGUGCGCGGCACUGCACCACAAGACAUGUCAAGUUGCCUCACGACGAUGGAUAUAUUCCUUCAACAACCGCACCCGGUGCUGGUUUCCUCAGUGUUAGCUGAGAAACAUAAAUCUGCAUCCGAUGACAGCAGCAAGUCCAACUUCAUCGCAACAAUUGCCAAUAUUCUAGGCAUCAAAGAUAUUAAUUCGAUCAAUCCCAACGAUAGUUUGGCCGACCUGGGUAUGGACUCGCUGAUGAGUACAGAAAUCAAACAGACUCUCGAGAGGAGCUUUGACAUCCUGCUGUCGGCCCGUGAUAUUCGUGCCAUUACUUUUGCCAAACUGCAAGAAUUAUCUUCGACCAGUGGUGCGAUAAUGAAACAGCAGCAAUCUUUCUCGGUGAACGCGGCCACGAGUGUAGACACAAAUGUAUCGUCGGGCAUGCUACGGAUGCAGUGGCCGAGCAACGAGGUACUGCCUAAAGAGGUGCUCGUUCGCUUAGAAACAAAGAAUUCCAACGGACCACCGUUGUUCGUCGUCCAUGGUAUUGAAGGUCUCGUUAAAUCGCUAGAACAUGUGGCCAGUGAACUUGAGAGGCCGUUAUGGGGUCUGCAGAGCAUUGAGCAGGCGCCUCAUGAAACGCUGUCGGAGUUAGCGGAAUUCUAUAUCAAUACCGUUCGAAAACUUCAGAAAAAAGGACCAUACCAUUUGGCAGGAUACUCGUUUGGAGUUUGCGUUGCCGUCGAAAUGACUCUGCAAUUGGAAUCUGCUGGAGAGAAGGUUGUUCUGAGUCUAAUCGAUGGUUCACCGGCAUACGCGCAACAGCAUAUUAAAAUGGUCGGCAGACUGGAUAACUUGGAAGAGGGUAUUAUUUCCAACUUGCGUAUGAAAACACUGGCAUAUUUCAGCAUACAAUUUAACAAUACCAUCAGUUUCAUACAAGCGUACGAUAUUUUGAAACAGAGUAAAUCAGAUGUGGAGAUGUUUGACAAGAUGAUAGAAGUGAUAGGCGACACGUCGUUUACACAGAAUGAUCUAAAGAUCGCUGGACAUCUUUUAUUAAAAAAACUAGCAGCUGCUCUAAGCUAUAAUCCGACUAAAAAGAUCAAAGGACCGGUCACAUUGAUUAAAGCUACAGAGACCUUUGUAUCUUUAGAAAAAGAUUACGAUUUAUCAAGGAUUUGCACAGAACCCGUGAGAAUAGAAGAGGUGACCGGUAAUCAUAGGACGAUAUUGCUGGGAGAAAGUGCAAAGAAAAUCGCAGGUCUCUUGCGAGUGUAGAAUUUAAGAACAUUCGUGUUACAAGUUCUAUUAUAUUUGAGAAUGCAAUAUACCGUAAUAUUGCAAAUAAUAAACAUACUAUCAUACCGUUGCGAUGUAACUGAAACAUUCUAUGCUGCAGGAAAAUUAAAUUACAUUACGUUUAUCG